UUAAAGCUUCAAUGGAGGUUCACGAUGCCAAGUUCAUCUUCAGCUUGGUCAUGUCUUGCAUUUCUGAAAUUUGUGCUGAAAAGAUUGUUCAAGUAGUCACGGACAAUGCAAGUAACAAUAUUGCAGCAGCCAAAUUACUUAAGCAGAAGCAUCCUCAAAUAUUCUGGACCUCAUGUGCGGCCCACACAAUCAACCUAAUGCUCCAAGACAUUGGAAAUAUACCCAUAGUCAGCUCAACAAUUACCAAUGGUAAGACCAUCACAAUUUUCUUUUAUGCACACACUAGAUUGUUGGCUAUUCUUCGCAAGUAUGCCAAAGGUGAUUUAGUCAGAGCUGGUGCUACUCGAUUUGCAAGUCACUACUUGAACUUGAAGAGUUUGUAUGGGAAGAGGAAGCAGCUGAAGCUAAUGUUUGCAUCAAAUGAUUGGGCUGGCAGUAUUUAUGCUAAGAAGCCAUUGGGCAAACGUGUGUACAAGCUCGUAAUGGACAAUAAGUUUUGGGCCAAGAUAAACCUGCUAGUGAAUUAUUUUGAGCCACUUGCCAAUGUGCUUAGGCGGGUUGAUGGAGACACUCCAGCCAUGGGGUUCUUAUAUGGUGAUCUUCUCCAAGCAAAGCAGGAAAUAGUAGUCCGGCUCAACCAUGUUGAGAAAAAAUAUGGUCCUAUUUGGGAGAUCAUAGAUAGAAGGUGGGAUAACAAGAUGAAAACAGCACUGCACAAAGCUGGUUAUUUUUUGAACCCUUUCUUCUACUAUGAUAGACAGAGUGAAAUGGCUGAAGAAGAUUUCAUGGAAGCAGUCAUAGAGUGUGCAUCUGUUAUGUACAAAAAUAACAUAGAGGUGCAAGACAAUAUUGUCUCCCAGCUUAGUUAUUAUACUGAAGCCAUAGAUUCAUUUGGAACUGACAUGGCCAUUAGACAACGCAAAGUAGCAACUAUCACUCCUGCAAGAUGGUGGACCGUGCAUGGAACUUCUGCAAAGGACUUGAAGAAGAUGGCUAUUAGAAUCUUGAGCUUAACUUGCAGUUCUUCGGCAUAUGAAAGAAAUUGGUCUGCAUUUGAGAGGGUACAUUCAAAGAAGAGGACCAGACUAGGCCAGAAGAAGUUGAAUGAUCUUGUUUAUGUGAUGUUCAAUAAGAGGCUGGACUCCAAGUACUCUGAGAGGGAAAGGGACCCACUGCUUGCAAAAUACAUUGAAGAUGAGCCACCAAAUGAGUGGAUGUUGGAUGAAGAGCUACUACAAGAUGAUGAGUCAUCUGAAGAUGAAGCUGAAAUUGACAUCAAUUCAAAGGGGAAACAAAAAUCUGUAGCUUCAAGAACUAGAGGCAAAAGAGCUCGUACAAAUCAAGAUGUUGAAGAUGAGGAGGAAGUGGCAGAAGAAGAGGAAAUGGAAGAAGAGGAUGAGAACCAAGAAGCUGAGGAGGACAAUGAUGAAGACCAAGAAGUGGACAUCGAUCUGACUGUUGAAGAUGAAGAGGAUGGUGAAUGACUUGAAUCUUGCUUCUUACAUGAUCUGACUUGAAUCUGUUUUUAUUUUGCGUGAUGGUCGUGGCCUGACGGUGUCGUGCACUC